AUCGUCAUUACUCAUGCCUGUUGAACUUCCGGUGAAAGCACAUGUGAAACCUCUGGAUCUGAAAUGUCAAUGUUUUCCUUUUUAUGAUAUUUAAUUUACGAUGGGUUCUAGUCAGAAACAGCAAAAAAUAGCUAAUAAACAUAAAAAGGGGAAAGGAAAACGAUGGAAGAAGGGACAGAGCAGCAGCAGUAACCCAGAAACUAAAACAUUUCGACAAGCAGCCCAAAACAGAUUUUUCCAAACGUCGAAAGGAGAGAGUAGUCUGACUGUUGAUGCUCUUGCCAAACACGAUGAACAGCAGAUAGAUGAUGAUGGGGAUGUAAGUUUCAGAGCAGAGUCUGAUGUCAUCAGUGCCAGUGGGAAGACAUUCAAUACAUGGGCAACACACUGGACAGAGUGCACCAACACCACCUUCAGUCGAGUACAUAGGUACUGGGCUUCAAACUCAUCUUUUCAUAAAGAGGUCCUAGCUGUGUUGGCAGCAGUUACUGAGGUGAUCAAAUCACGGGGAGGCUCUGAAUCAGAAACGGAAUACUUUGCUGCACUGAUGACUGCACUGGAAACAACACAAGGAGAAGAAUCUCUAUCAGCUGUUGUGUAUCUUCUCAGCUUAGUCAUGAAAAGAGUGCCACCUCCAGUACUGAAGAGCAGGUUUUCAGAGAUUGCCAAACAGUUUUUGGAUGUCCUUGUUAAAUACAGCGAGGGUCAAUCUACAUCUCUUCUCAAAUCUUUAUUGAUGUGUCUUGCCUUGCUGCUGAGAGUUCAGGAACAGGCCAUGUGGAGUAACUCCUCUACACAACGAGUCUACCAAGGUCUCCUGGCCUUCACAGUCAACAGGAAGCCAAAGGUAAGAAAGGCUGCGCAUCAAGGAGUGAAUAUUGUCAUAAGAGGUAGUACCUUCAUGACCCCAGGGGAAACUGGCCCUCCCUGUCACCCAGCCAGUUCCAUAACAGCCAAGUUUUGCAUUCAAGUCAUUGAGCAAAGUGGAGGUUCUGGAGAAGCCUCGGACACAUUACACAUCCUGACCUUGCUGAAGGAUGUCAUGUCUACUUUCUCCCUUAAUAGUGUCAAGUCAGUGUGUGAGACUAUCCUCAGAGUCAUGACCCUCAGCAAUGUGAUGGUGACUUCAUGUGGGAUGAAGGCACUCUACACUCUCUUCAAUGGAAAUCCCAAGGCUACCACCAUGAAUGCUGAGUUAAAUGCGCAGAUUAUUACAGCUCUAUAUGAUUACCAACCAUCAGAUAAUGAUGUGCAGCCCAUGAAGGCAUGGUUGGCUGUCAUGGAGGUAGCACACAAGAAUCUAACAAGACUAGAUGAGAAGUUGUGUCUGAGUCACUUACCUCGAGUCUUCUCAGUGUGUAUGACUUGUCUUCUGUCAGAGAGAGUGGAAGUGGCUUCUGGUGCCACUAAAACCAUGAAGGUGCUGCUAAAUGAGUGCCUAGCCCCUGCUGCUGAAGGCAUAAGUGUUCUAAUGAUGUCAGCCCCAUCUGGAGCAAACACACCACUCCACAAAAUAGUGAAGGCACUAGAAGCAGGACUUGGAUACCAGUUUCAUGCAGCAUGGGGACUAGUCAUGCAGGUCUUUGCAGUGUUGUUUGAGGUUGUUGGUAAAGAAUGCCCAGUUCUUUUCAAAAAGAGUUUGUUGUCAAUAGCCAAUCUAAGAGACAGUCCUAGGUUUCCUUACAAAGCAGAGCUAGACCAUGCUAUUGGAGCAGCCAUGAAACACCUGGGACCUCGACAUGUCUUAGAAGCUGUCCCUUUAAAUAUUACUGGUGAUGAUGAUGACUACAACUUUCCCCGCAGUUGGCUGAUUCCAGUCAUCAGAGACAAUGUGUGUGAUACCGAGCUAGGAUUCUUCACCACCUACUUCUUACCACUGGCUGCCAAACUCAAACAGAGAUCUCUGGAGGCAGUAUCUACAGAUAACCAGGUGGUGUGUAAAUCGUAUGAUGCUCUUCAGCGACAGAUCUGGUCCCUGUUGCCAGGGUUCUGUACCAAUCCCACAGAUCUUGCACAGUCAUUUAAAGGAAUCUGUAAAGUUCUUGGAUCUGCCAUCAGUGACCGGGAGGAUUUGAGAGUAGAGGUCAUGUCAGGACUCAGGAAACUAAUCAACAAGAGUAAAGAGGAGGAAGAGUGUCGGCAGGAAGUGGCCAGGUUUGCCAAGAACUUCCUCCCCAUUUUGUUUAACCUGUUUACGACAGAGCCAGAGAAUACCAAGGACACAGCUCGUCUGGCUGUGCUGGAAACUAUCAGAGUGUACCUACAGAUCACGGACACCGCACUGAUCAGUUUAUACUGUGAUAAAUGUAAAGAGAAAUUCCAUGAAGAUGGUGUUACCCCAUUUAAAAGACAUGCACUGGUGGAUAUAUUUCUUGUGAUGUUACCGGUGCUAGAUCAGACACAGGUGGAAGAAAUUUUCAAAUUGACAACAACACAUCUGUCAGACAUGGAUAAGACAUUGCAGAAGAAGUGCUAUCGUGUGUUGGAGGAUUUGUGUAGCAGUUCGUCGGGGACAUGUCAGAGAUUUGUGACGGAGAAUCUGUUCAGUAUACAGAAUGUUCUUCUGGAUUCCUUGUCCACAUCAAGUCCUUCCUCAAAAGCGCCUCGCCUACGGUGUUUAAUCAACAUCUUUAAAUUACUCAAAGAGGAAGAGAAAGAGUUUCUGUUAGCAGUUGUACCAGAGGCAAUACUGUGCACCAAAGAAAUUGGAGAAAAGGCUCGAUCAGCAUCGUAUCAACUCUUGGUUGAAAUGGGCCAUGCGAAGAUGAGAUGGAACACAACAGAAAAUGAAGCCCUCGAGGACUACUUCCAGAUGGUGAUGGCUGGACUAGGGAGUUCCCCUCAGAUGGUCAGUUCAACUUUAUUGGCCCUCACAAGGAUUUUGUAUGAGUUUAAAGCCUCCAUCAGCAAAUCUUUGUUAGAGUCUAUCAUGGAGAACCUAUGUCUACUUCUGACAUCGAAGACGAGAGAGGUGGUGAAAGCAGCCUUGGGUUUCCUGAAGGUUGUUCUCUCUGCCUAUCCAGACACAGUAAUGGCUCCACACUUGAAGCAGAUUAUGUCUAGCCUGGUGUCGCAGAAGGAGGACUGCAAACAUCAUUUUAGGUUUAAGGCCAAAGAAAUCUACGCAAAGCUUAUCAAGAAAUUUGGGUAUGAAACAAUUUUCGGCAUGUCACCACCAAGUAUUCACAAGAUUCUGGUAAACAUAAAGAAAACUCAGGAAAGGGCCAAGAAAAAGAAAAGGGAGAAAGACAGCGAGUCUGAAGAAGAGAGUGAUCAUUUCAGAUCUCACCCAGAUAGUGUUGAUGAACUUCUGAAGGAUACAGAUUCAGAGGAAGAUGAUCAUGAGAGAGCAAAACAGAGACCAAGGGACAAAACUCAGGCUAAGCUGGCCUGGCUGCAGGAGGGAGGGGACAUUAUGGAUUUCCUUGACCCAAGUGCAACCAGAAAAGUCCUUGCUACAAAGCCAGAAGAGAAGAGAGAACAGAAGAAGAAAGGAGUAGAAUUUAAAACAGCUCCUGAUGGUCGCCUCAUCAUUACGGAGUCCAGCGAUGAUGAAGGUCCAGUGAAGAUGGGAGAAGAUGAAGAUGACCUUGAGGAUUUGUUGCAGGCCAUUGAGCAAGGAGCUGGAAAUAUGAAGAAGGCAAAGAAAAGAAAAGUUGAAGAUUUAGGGUCCGAUGAUGAGGGGCCAUCACCAAAAUAUAAAGCUGGGGGAGGCGGCAUUCACAGACCAUUAGCAAAAGCCAAACGGUCAACCACCCAGGAGGCAGGGAGUGAAUACCGAGCCAAGAAAGCAGGAGGGGACAUUAAGAAGAAAGGAAAACCAGAUCCUUUUGCUUAUCUCCCUUUGAAUUUUCAAGCACUCAACAAGAGGAAAAAGGCAAAGAUGUCUGGUCGUUUUACCAAUCUAGUGAAAGGAGCCAAGAGAGGUGCUAAGAAGGGAUUUAAAGGAAAGAAAAAGUCUUCAUAAAGUCUUCAUAAUGACAUAAUCUUUCUAUAAAACAAUGUACACAAUUUUGUUGCUGAGUGUUUCCAGGUUUACUUUUAUUGAAUUAUACACGCUGUACAUAAAGUUACAAUAUUUGAAA